AAGCCAGAGGCUGUGGAGGGAGGCGCUCCUACGCUGGGACCCGAUGGAGAGCCUUUAGAUGAGACCAGUCAGAUGAGCGACCUCCCGGUAAAGGUCAUCCACGUGGACAGCGGAAAGAUCCUGACCGGGAUGGAGGCGCCGAAGGCCGGGCAGCUGGAUGCCUGGCUGGAAAUGAACCCGGGAUACGAAGUGGCGCCGCGCUCAGACAGCGAAGACAGCAGCUCCGAAGAAGAGGAGGAGGAGGAGGAGGAGGAGGAGGAGGAGCAGCCACAUGCCUCCGCGGCUCCAGCAGCAGAGGAGAAGAAGAAGAUCCCCGACCCCGACAGCGAAGACGUGUCUGAGGUGGACGUCCAGCACAUCAUCGA